CUUUGAACGAUGAUGUUGAAUCAUCCAUUCCGCCAAAGGUGAACCAUUAACAUACUCAUUUAAAAAUGAAAGCAAAUAGCAUCCCAACAAAAUAAUUGAUCACUUUCUAAACAGCCACCAAAGAUGUAACCGAAUUACACUGUGCGAAAGUGAAAAUCUCAUUUGCGGAAAAAUCAAACCAAAAUUCUGAACAUUUAAGAGUGAGAACUACUCGAAAAGUACAUCACAAAACAUAUACAAAUUCAAGAAAAAAAAAGAGUAUAUUUCGCACGUGAACGAAAACUUUUUUGGGUGAAAAAAAAUUACGACUUUUAAGUACGGUUUUUAGUUCAUUUAAAGCAGUGAUUGUAUCGUUCUCAGUACGUUAAAUAAAUGUGAUAAUAGCAUUCAGAGCGUUUAACUAUAUGCCUGAACGUAUGCAUUUAUUGCACAAAAAUUAUUUAUGCAACAAGAACACCUAAGACCAAAUAAAGACCGCAUUGCAAGAUAAUUUAUGAGUUUUUGCCGUUUAAAAUUAACGCAUACUCGUACUGACGGUGAAACGUGCAGUGUUGUGAGUGUGCAAUUUUCGUUCGUUCGCCCAUUGUGACGAGAUAUAGUUGAAAAAUUACAAGUUGCUUCUGAACGUGUCUGAGCAUUUGUUUCUCUUUUUAUUCAGAUCUAACACGUUUGUCUCUUGUGUUCGUUGCCUGAACAUGAUUCAAGUGGUUAUAAUGAUUGAAGAACCGAACGGUAAUCAACGGUUGUCAUCAAGUUCAGUGAUUCCAAUUGCCUCGUCAAAUUCGAAUGAUGAUUUGAGUCAAAGUUUAUCUGCUUCAGAGUAUACAGAUGCCGAUGAAAGUAUGUCAGCACCGACGGAGUAUUUGGCCGAGUUUUUGUCGGCGGUGAUGCAAAAGGACUAUCGUAAAGCCCUAAAAUAUUGUAAACUCAUCCUUGACUUCGAACCGAACAACGUAACCGCCAGAGAAUUUUAUCCAUUGAUAGAGGAACGCAUGAGAUCCAUGGAAGAAAGGUCGUCAAGUGAUGAAGAGAAUGAAAAUUAUGGUAAUGUAAUGUUUACGACUGAAGACGAUGAAGUACAAAAUGUGGCCGUUCCAAAUGAUUGUUUUUUCCAUCAUCGUUUGGACGAAAGUGUUGAUGAUUUGGUGAAUGUAUCGCAUAAUAGUGAUAGCAGCGGCGAAGAGUCGGACGAUUAUUACAAUGAUUUUGAAGAGAAAUAUUCGAUUGGCUCAAAUAAGUCGAUAUCAUCGAAUGCAGAAAGUGAGAACACGACACAUUCCUAUUCGAAUUCGUUGCUUGAAGACGAAGAAGAUAACAAUGGCGAUGUAUCGGAUAGUGAUUUAGAAGCAGACGAUCAAUACGAAGACGCACAUCUACUCUUGCCCAUUGCUAGAAUGGAAAAAAUGCCCGAUUUAAGCGACUUGAACAAUGGAAAUUAUCAUCAGCCAACGUCAUGUAGUGAUUCAGAAUCACCAACCGAACCACUGACACAAAAAGUUGUACCAAUCCAAUAAAUAAGGGACGAAUGAAUCGGAGACACACACACACAUACAUACCAUCCUUAGUUUAUUUUAUACACGACAUUUUUCACCUUAUACUCUAGCUUUCAUUAAUGGCAUUCAAAUCAUUCAUUACCAAAAUCAAAAGUUACCUGUUUUCUAUGUAGCGCACAUUCGUUUUAAUCAUAUUUAGCUCGUCACAGUAAUCUUAAAACGAUUUAUACAAUUUGUGUGCGCAUUGAUUCUACGGUUUUAUCAACAAUUAAAAAAAAACAAUAAAUCGAAUAAUUACUGAUAUGUUUAUAGUAAAAUAACUGAGCAAAGCAGUAUACCAUUGAUCAAUGUGCUCAAUGUAAUUAUUCGGUUUUUCUUUCUUUUUUUCACUCACAAAAAAUCUCACAUAUCUCAUACUAUAGUCAAUAGUCAUGUUUAUAGAUAAUAACGAAAUAUACUAUUAUAUAUACAUGUAUAUCACAACAAAAUAAGUAAAUUCUGACAAAUGUAAAAUUAAUAUUGUAAACACCAAUACUCAAUACAAAAUUUAUUCUUUUUUUUUUACUCAUUGUUCUUCAAAUAUUAAGAAAAACAAUACCGGAUCCAUUAAAGACAUUAAUUACACUACAUUUUUGAUUUGUAAUCUCUUUUAAAUACCAAGCGACCACUUGAAAUAAUGAAUUAAAAUUUCGACAAUGACAUUUAAAUGAAAUAUUCUUUGCCAAAUUAAAAUUGCGAAUUAUAUUUUAUGUUAAGAAAUUCAUUUUGAAAUAUUCAAAGCAAAGAAAAAUUAACAUUUUGUGUGUCGAAUGGGUUAGUGCAGCAAUUCCGUUGAGAAUAAAUGAAACGAUGUGAUGGAUGCGAAGUAGGUAGACACCGAGUGCUCUUUUUUUCAUAAAUUCUUUUUUUUUACGUUAUAGGUAUCGUUUUUUUUU